CCCCUCUCUUUCUUCAACCACCAUCUCCCUCCCUCUCCUCCGUCCAGCCACUUCCUCUUUUCCCAGUUUUUCUCUCCCAUCCCUCCCUCCAGGAUGGCAAACAAAGAAAAGAAUCCGGAAGGGGAAAUUCGGGCUGUCAACGGUGACAAGCUCAGAAUCAAUGACCAUGUAUACUAUGCUCCACCAUGGCGGGAUCGUAUUCAACCGUACACGAUCGCUCGCAUCAUGGAAUGGCUCCCUGACGAAGGUUCUCCGAAGGGUUCCAAGAUCACUCGUGCUCGCCUCAACAUAUAUUAUCGUGCCAACGAGCCCUGGACUAGGAAUGUCGCUGACUCGCGCGCGUUACAAGCCACUAUGUGCACGGAUAAGGUUCCUCUUAAUUAUCUGAGGGGCAAAUGUCAUGUCUCGCAUAAGGAUAAGAUUAAUAACUUCAACGAAUGGCGCAAGACAGAAGACUGUUUCUACUAUGCACGAUUCUAUGACCCGUACGUUAAGCAAGACUACGAAAUCAUUCUUUCUUCCGAAGUCACCAACAUCCCCGAUAAUAUCAAGAGUAUCCUCACGUAUCGCUACGACCUUAUACUAACAGAAAAGGAUUUCAUACCCAAUUUGACUGAUGAGCUGCGAAUAUGCUCUGUCUGCGAAAAAUGGACACCGCCUGACGACUCGGUACGUUGCGACCGCUGUAGCAAGUAUUUCCACACAGGUUGUCCCGAUCCACCCGUCGAGAACAAGCCGAACAAGAAAGGAUGGGCGUGGUUCUGUGGCCCAUGCAGUAAGGAUCACCGAGAGGAGGUCGCACAGCUCGGUGCCCAAAAUGCAAACCGUGUCGCCAAGGGCAAGCCUGGAAAGGCCAUUGCUAAGACUCAGAAAGCGAAACAAGAUGAGCGAGCAAAGGCAAAGCAAUCAUCCUCGUUCAAUGGCGGCGGUGCGGCAUCUACCAAGUAUUGGAAAAAAUGGCCGUAUCGCUAUUUCGGGAGUUACACGACGGCUGAGGAUGUUCUCGAUCCCGAUGAUAUGAUAUAUGCUAUCGCUCGUCCACGUAUGGGACCGAAAUAUCAGGCAACCUCAAUACCUCAUGUUGGCCAAUUCCAGUACAAUGAUACCGAUCUCGAGGAACGAGGAGCCUUCAAAACCGUACAGGCAAUGGCUUGCGUCACAGCUGGCGAUAUUGAAUCAGGACAGCUGGACCUCAUCAUGACUUCAGUUCUGAACAGCGAGAAGCCUCUCCCCGCUCAUCCCUAUUCGGUUGCUGUACUCGACGAAGUUCUCAGGACUAUCACCUUCGCAAGUCCCUGGAAGGCACUGGCGUUCGAGCAUAUAUUUCAUCGUGACACCACCAUGGCAUAUCCAUGGAAAGACGAUGAUGUUCGAUUAUAUGAUACGCCAUGGACAGCAGAAGAGCGUUUGUUGUUCGAGAAGGCCCUGCAGGAUGGUAUCGACCAGCAUGGUCAACCCGGCGACCUCAAGAUAGCGCAGGAAUACGUCACCACAAAGACACGUGCAGAGAUCGUCCGUUAUUACACUCUCUGGAAGAACGAGUUGAUGGGCGACAAACUCAAAGAAGCUCAGUCUGGGGCACACAAGGAAGCCCAUAAGAGCUUCCUCGGUCAACCUGCGAUCCUCACCUCUGCAGCUGCUGACGCACCCGCCGACUACGACAGCGACGCCGGUUCAGACGCUGACAUACCCCGAGGGAUCAAGCCUGUUUGUUCGGUAUGCAAAAGCCGGACAUCCGAGAAGUGGUGGAAAGGGCCAAGUGUGCUCCCUGGCGACCAUUUGUUGUGUAACAGCUGCUCUGCAAGCUGGCGCAAGUACAAUGAUCCGCGAGUCCAGCGUGCCAUUGAGGAAGGACAGAGCAGGGCGGCGUCUGACAGAAAUGAGGGUGAACGACAAGCGGGUCGAAGAGUAAAGGCUGCGGCAAGCAAACCUGCCAGCCCCGCGCCUGGAAAGAAUGGCACUCCGCCAUCUAAAGCGGUCACCAAGCCCGCCAUACCAAGAUUCUGUGUCUGUUGCAAGACCACGGGACCGGCGGAUACUAUUGCACGGUGUCAAUACUGCCUCCUUACCGUUCAUCCAGCUUGCGGUGGUUUCCCACCAGAAGAGUUCGUUGAACCCUGGACUUGCGAUAUUUGCGCGAACGAGAAAUCACCUGAAUCUCGCAUCACGUAUCACUGUCUGCUUUGUCCUAUUCCAGAUGCGAAGCGCCGACAGACCCUGGAAUCGACACCCGAGCCUACAUACUGCCGCGCUAUGAAACCAACAGAAGGCAGAGGAUGGGUGCAUAUUAUGUGCUCGAUCUUCACGCCUGAAGUGUACUUCACGGAUGCGAAACACAUGAAGCUCGUUGAGGGUGUGUCCAUGGUCCCGCAGAGCCGGUGGAGAGCAACCUGCGCUGUAUGCAAUAUUUCUGGACAUGGGGCAUGUGUCAAGUGUGCCGACUGCAGCAACGAGUUCCAUCUUUCUUGUGCAUGGUUAGCCGGAUGCACUUUCGGCUUCGAGAUUCAGCCGAUCAAAGUAAGCCGACGAGAUCAGCACCCAGUUGUUAGUUUCAAGAAGGAAACCGGUGCCAUGAAUGCUCUCGUGUGGUGUGGUGCACAUGAUAUGUCGGGUCGCACGAUUUACUCGUUGGGUGAGGUUGACCCUAAAACUGGCCUGACCGCGCUGCAAGUGUUCUGCAAGACCUACAAGCAAAUACCUCUCGAUACUUUUGCUUUGCUCAGGAAGGCACAACGACUUGAUGCCCUGAUGGGGCACAAGGGGGACAUGGGUAGUCCGUGGAUCACUCCUAAGAUUAGCAAAUGUCGUCGCUGCGGUUCUACCAACUCGCCCUUCUACUAUCCUGAUCUACCGGAAAUCAAGACUGAUGAGGACAUGGAUGUCGAUGAGGUGGAAACCGAGGAGAACCUGUUGUGUCAUUCCUGUUACUCCAAGAAGAUCAAAGCUCCCGAGAGGUCAGAAAUGGGUGAUGAUUGGGAAGAAUCGUCGUCGGACUACGACGAUGAAGUGUGGUGA